AUGCCGAUGAGAGAGGAGAGCAGGCACUCCACGUCCCACAAGGCGUCUCCAUCAAAUGCCCUGAUAAUCUCUCAACCUGCUACUUUGUUACCCCCUACUGAUCUGAAUCAGCAAUCACCUGUUGACCAACAGCUCCAACAGCACCAUUCUACCGUGGAGGAAGUUGAUAAACUCAAUACUCCCGUCUUAGACCUUAUGUCCAAUCAAAAUAUGGAAGUUGACGAUUCCUUUGCCUCAAUGCCUGAGCUAGAAUCUACCCUGUCUGAAGAUCACCAGGAAAUGACUAUGCAU